ACCCCCUCCCGUCCUGUGAGGAUGUCCUGUCAGUGUGACGGUGGAGCAACCAGGUGCGGGAGAGGGAGAGGGAAGAGCUUAUUUUGCCCCACAAGGCAAUGUAUGGCUACAUCCCACACAACAUUCCAGUCAAGCAAAGCCUCCAGUGAUAUUUCUCCAAGACCGCUUCUAACCUGAGAGCCUCAUCAGCAGCAACUACACAGCAAGAACAUGAGCUUCGAUCCACACAACUCGUCAUACGACUUCUACAACGGCACGCUCUGGUUCGUCCACGAGUGCACCAUCCACCUAGACGAGGAUGGCCGACGGAUCGCGCUUUUCCUCCUUUACCUGAUGCUGUUCAUGGUAGGGUUGGCCGAGAACACUGUGGUGGUGUGGGUGAACUGGCGUAGGCGGCAUUCGGCGAAUGGCGUGCUGUUCUGCAUCAUCAACGUGAGCUUGUCCGACUUAAUGGUGAUCUUCACCAUGCCCUUCUUCAUGCUGGAGGUGACCAUGAACAAGGUUUGGCUGUGGGGCCGCUUCCUGUGCAAGGUCACGCACCUCGUGUACGUCAUUAAUUUCUACAGCAGCUCCCUUUUCCUGGCCUUCAUGACCCUUGAGAGAUACCUGUCCCUGGCACGUCCUAACUCGCCCGCCUGCUUUCCCCCAAACCAAAAACGCCGCUGGUUUCUCUGCGCCGGGAUCUGGCUCUUGUCGCUUGUGCUGACCUUGCUGGAGAACGUCCACGUUGACCUGCUGGAGUGGGAUGAACCGGGCUGCUAUAUGGUUCCUGAGCAGUACUACACGGAGUGGUUCGUCUCAGUUUCCUUCCUUUGCCUGAUAUUCCAGUUCCUGGGCCCGGCAUCCGUCAUCGUGACCUGCAACAUCUUGAUCGCCCGAGCCAUCCGCUCGUCCCCGGACAUCCAGAAUCGCGGGGACGUGUGGUUGGUGCAUGUGUACUCGCUGGUCUAUAUGGCCUGCUGGCUACCGUACCAUUUGGUGUUGUUCUUGUUGACAAUCGACGACCUGGAUCCGCACCUGUUCUCCUGCAACACGGUCGGCGUGCUCUACUUCUCGUUUAGCCUUGUGCAAUGCUUGUCGCUAUUUCACUGCAUCGCCAACCCAAUCCUCUACAACUUUCUCAGCAAGAGCUUCCGCAACAAUCUAAUAAAUACAGUGAUCAGCCGCAUCUCUUCACCGCCGGCCAGCACGCCAGCCAAUGCGGUAGCCGACAACACAGGGACGGCCACGGUGAAAGAGCGGAAGCUCAGCAACACCAGCACGAGCCACUCCGACAUUGGCGCGUGAAGAGGGAAACUCGAUGACGAUUUUGUGAAACAAAGCACAUGAAAUGGCCUUGAUGAGGCAGAUGUUUUUGGUCAUUUGCUUGGUAACUAGCCAUAAUGCCUCCUGUUUUUUUUCCACCUCAGUAUUGUUAACAGUGCAAGGAAGGAAAUAUUGUCAACCUUUCGAAACCUUUAUUUCCUUUUGUCAGAUCUAGGAACUCAGUAAUAAAAACCCUAACCACACGCCGGUGUUUGUACAAAGAUCGUUUUAAUUGUUCCACUCAACAGAAACUUUCACUUUGUCCAUACUCUCAAUCACAACACCUAUAUAGUGAUGAUUAAAUGGCUUUUUUUGAGCUCAGCAACUUGUUUGUACAUAUUGUAAUGGAUGUGAUGUCACAAUUUAUUUUAAAAUUCAUGUUUGGGUGAAAGGGGGAGCAAAUCGUGGAGGCUAAUGUCAUUUUGUUUUUUAGCAUGUCCUGCACUGAUGUCUGGAAAAUUAUUAUCCAUCAUAGUAAUGUUUGUUGAAUCUAAAUACACUUUUAACAUUGAUAAUCUGUGGUGUUGUGUUCAAAUGCUGCGAACAUGAUCAAAACUUGAACAAGCCUCCCUCACUAGUUUUGUAAGUACCGUUUUUUAUUCAGAAGACAAGAACAGCUGUAGUAAAAGAUAACAGAUUUCUGAUCAUGACACUGAACAUAUAUAAAUUAUAUAAAUAACACUGAAGUUAUAUAAGGCAAUUGUUUCAUGAUGAAAAUAAAAUGUAGCAUGAACAUGACAUUCCUAUCACACGUUCAACAUCAAAGAGAGUAGCAAAGAAAGCACUGAUAAUUCUUCUAAAAAAUAAAACAGAUUGAUAACGGUGAAGUAGUUGAUAAAACUAGGAAGGCCAUUCACUUCAGCCAUUAUUUUUCUGUGGUACAUUGCAAAUAAGGCUAUAACAAACACAACAUCCCAGCAGCUCUGAAUACAUACUUUGUGGUUUGACCAAUAACAUCAAUUAUCAAUGGACCGGUGUG